AUGGCAUCAAAGGACUACACGCAGUCGGACGGCCCAGACCCUGCCACAAACACAGGUGACUCGAUAUCAAUAUCCGCUGCUCCCAGCUCUUCACAACCAGUUUCCAGUUCGACCGUCGACAUUAGCGACGCCGCAGUCAAAACUUCUUCGCCCGUUCAGGCCCCGCAGGAGAACACAGCGGCCGAUGCGCCAAGUACGAGCACCGCAGACAAUGAGAAUGACGCCACGCCGGCUUCUUCACAUCAAACCAACACAGAGGCUAUCGUCCCAACUGUCGCAUCACCAGAACCAGAAGAGCAAAAGGUGGAAGUUCCAGCGCCUGAGUUGUCAUCUGAUGCAUCCGUCAAGGAACCGGAGCAGUCUGGCCCAUCGCUGACUAUCGUCUUACUGUUGAUAACGGGCACACGACACCCGUUCAAGAUCGAUGCAAACUACCUGCGAAAAAGAGAUGUCAGCGUGGAUAAUUAUGAUCCAUUCGCCAUGAGCGUCUACACUCUGAAGGAAUUAAUCUGGAGGGCAUGGCAAGACGACUGGGAACCCCGGCCAUCAUCCCCUAGCUCUAUCCGCCUAAUCUCGUUUGGAAAGCUCCUUGAUGAUAAAUCUCCUCUCUCAGAUUCCAAGUUUAGCCGUGACGCACCCAACGUGGUGCACAUGACUGUCAAACCGCAAGAAAUAGUUGACGAGGAGGACGCCAAGGGUGGCAAGGCGCAAUACUCUCGCGAUCGAGAGGCCAGCGAACGGAGCCCUCGGUGCCGCUGUGUCAUUCAAUGA